AUGAUAAACAGAAUACAGAGAUUGUUCAUGACAGAAUACAAAUCCUUAGAUGAUAUGGUGUUGGUUGAAAGUCCUUUUGCUGAAACUACGAAAAAUGGAAUCGGAAUUAGACAGGUUCAUAUAGGGCUAACUCCUACGAAGCUAAUUAUCGCAGCUGAUUUGCUACCAAAAGCUUCAGCAAAAAAUGCCUUUGUUCCAAAAUGCAUUGAUCCAAGAACAGAAACUUUAGAACUGGUCACUGUAUGCGGUGUAGAAUGUGUUACAUUGAGUGUAUAUCAUCGCAGAAAAAGGCAAACUCUGAAAGCUCACUUUUGCAAUUCUAUAACAACUUAUUAUGAACUUGGUGGAUUUGUCAUGAGAGCUGCUUAUUGGAACCUUUGGUGCGAGCGUGUAAAAUAUCUGAACCCCGACUCGGAAAUAGUACGUUCUUGUUCUGAAACUUCAGCAGCCUCCUCGUCAACAUGUUCAACGCAGUAUGUUCUCGGAAAAACAUGCGGCGCGGGCGAAGGAAGCGUUCACAUGCGUUAUUGUGAUCAGAUAUUUUGCACUCACGGAGAAGCAAGAAAACCAUCCAUACUCAGUCGAGGUAAAAGUAGACGAAAGGUGUGGAAUGAACGAGAUGUUUAUCUUGGAUCUAUUGAAGAAAUAAGACCGGAGAACUACAGGCCUGCUCAACCAACCUAUAUCGGGAAGGAAAAGUCGGAGCCGGAAGUAAAACUUCUGUAUCGCAAACCAGAAAAGAAAAAAAAGAAAAGAGACAAAUCUAGUACUGAAACCUUGAAAGAAGAUUGCAGUUGCUAUGACGUAGAAAGAAACGAGUCUUCUAUAUCCAGAUUUGCAGAGGGUGUAAGCGAUCAAUGUUCAAGUGGGUUACGUUUAUCAGUUGAUCCGCCACCAGUUGAGCGACAUUCAUUGUUACAAACUCCACGUAAUCCGAACACGUUGCGCCAUUUGGCACCAUUGGCACCACCUUGUCCUCCUGAUCUAGAACCGGCAGAGAUAGCAGACUUAGCAGUUGAUUUAUGGGAAGAAGCUGCUCGAAUUUCCAGAUGCAGGUCGAGAUUAACUAGACAUAAAAGGCGAUAUGCUCUUAUUCCAAAACCUCACUUGUUAAGUGGUUUAGGUCCAUGGACGUUAUCACAAGGAGAACGUUAUUCUCUUCAGGUUAAACGUGCGGUGUCGUGCGUCCGUAUUUGUGGUGCUGCUAACGUUGAUCCAAAUUUAUUGCCAUCUCUUCCACGUCGUUUAUUAACUGCUAGUAUAUCUGAUGAGAAUCUUGGUCGCCUAAAUGGUGAUUGCGGGGGUACCAGUGUUAGAUUUGCUGUACAAUCAGAACCUGCACUUCUAUUUUGGACAACGGACUUAUGGUAUCGUCCGAGAAGAGCUCAUGAAGCUUAUCGAGAACAAAGACAGUAUUUGGGAGUAUUGCCGCACCUAUUACAAAAGCGUUCGAAUAGAACAAAAGCAGUAUUAGGCAACUAUUUCAAAUCCAAACCAAAAGUGAAAAAAUGCAAUCAGAAAUGGAACUCUGGUAGAAAUGAAAAUCAAAGUUCUUCAGACCUUCUCACGAUGGAAGACAAGGCUCUUAAAAAGGUCAAUUCCAAGUUGUCUGCUGGAUGUUUUGUUCCAUCUGCAGAGGUGAUUGGGGAUCAGCCACGGAAAUCUUCUAAAAAGAGGAAAAAACAAGAUCCAUGCGCUGCAAUCAGGAAAGCCUUGAAAGUGAGAAAACCAUUUAACGCCUGGAACUUCGAUUCAACAAUGCUAGCAUAUCAAUUAACAAUGACGGACAGAAAAUUAUUUUUACAACUCACGCCAAGAGAGAUUGCUAAUGUUGUAUGGACACAGACUUCAAGACAUUCUCCAAAUUUGAUCGCGAUUAUUGCAUUUGGACAUCGAGUCUCAUGCCUUGUUACAACUUCCAUUGUUGCCGAAGAUGAUUUAAGAAGACGAGCUCGAUUGAUAGCAAGAUUUAUAUACACAGCAGAGAAAUGCCAUCAGAUCCACAAUUUCCAAAGUUGCUAUAAUGUACUUGCUGGUCUUCAAAGUCCUCCAUGUUACAGGUUGCGAAAGACUUGGGCCCAUGUACGAAAAAAGCACGCCCAGAUGCACGAUAUAUUUGAAAAGUUGUGCAAGCUAUAUCGCGAUCCUCGUUUACCAGGAUAUCAAAGGGCUUUCCACUUAGCAUCUAGAACUGCACCGUAUUUACCAUAUUUGGGACACAUCAUAAGUCGAUUGCUGGAUCGUCUUCCUGAGGUAGAUCAGCAUUUUCUCAACUGCAUAUCAUCAUCUAGAGUACAGGCGAGACGAAUAUUAGAGGCAAAUGCAAGGGGUCCAACCAGCCGCAAAGAUCGUGAGAGCGAAAACUACAAUCAGGAUGAUUCAUCCACAGACCAAUUGGAAGAUAUUUGCGACAGUUCUCCAUCAGUGCCACAAUGGCACCAAUAUUCGAGAGGAUAUACAGAUAUGGAUAUCGUAGAUAAUUGUUUACAGUUUUUCCAACCCAUUUUAGAAGACAAUCGAGUUCAGAAGCUGUUGGAAAUCUUACGAUCAAUUGAUUUAGCUCAAAAAGCAGCUAUGAGGUAUGCUUUGAAAGUUGACCCUGAAGCUGCAGAGUUUCUGUACAGGGCAAGAUAUAAAGAAGACCAGGAAAAUUUUCUUCUGUCUAUAAUUUUAGAACCUUGA